AAGUGUUGCUUGGAAAACAACAGCUUCAAAAUUAGACCUAGCUCAGCAGCUAAUAUAGCAAAUUAAUGAAUCAAAAGUAAAACCUAUAGACAGUUGAAGUUACUUUACCAAAUCAGACACUUUAUCUCAUGCACUUUCACCUACUUCUUAAAUGCUUUAAUAUAGCAGUAAACAGUCUGGUCAGUGCAAGUUCAGCUUCCUCUAUUCAAGGGUGUCUGGUGGUUUCCUCUUGAUUUUUUUUCUGUAUAUAUGUGGUAGAAUUUCCGCUCAGACUCGUGUAAGUUACCCACCUAACUGCAUAUGAGCAAAACAACCACAGAAUGAGGACGGCGCAGCUUUUACUCCUCUUUCCACUGGUGUGGUGUCAAACUACAGGGAGUUUAAUUGUUAAACGGGUGAAUCUAGGAGAAAAUGUGACUUUAGACUGUCAGAUUGAUAUCAAAGAUAUAUAUUGGAUUUUCCAAAAACUGACAGAUUCACCAGUGCAGAUACUGCGGACUUACUCAUCAGAUUCUACAUCAUUUAAAUUACAAGUUAAAAGACUGAAAGACAAAUAUUCAUCACUUAUUUUGAGCCGUUUAUUUAUUAGGAACAUAACUAUCAAUGAAAUAGGAAUAUAUUAUUGUGCAAAACCAGGCACAACUCUACAGAUCAGCAAUGGCACCAGACUUUACACCACUGAAUCUGUGCAUGACCAAAAUAAAACAGAAUACAACAAUAAUAUUCAACCAUAUUGUAAAACAGAACCCAAUUUUGAUAAGAUUCUGACCAUUGCAUCCUUCGUGUUGAACGCUGUGCUGAUUAUUGCACUAACAGGUCUGUUAAUACUCAAACUUAAGAAGCCAAGAAAAAGUCGACCCCAGAUUGUCAAACCAGUGUCGCUUGAGGACUUCAACUCUGUAGAGUAUUCCGAAAUCGAGCCGUCCACAAAUUCCAGAGAAAAUCCCAUUCAGCUAAACAGCACUUACGAACUUCUUCAGAAUCCAAAGCCACAUCCUACACAAUCAUGAGCAGAGAUCAGCACAUCUUGCAGUCAACAAACUGUUAAUGUGUUGGUUUAACACCUUCUGUGAGCCUACACCUUUUCCCUCAGUGUUUCCAUUGCUGUUUGAAUGAAACCAUGUUACUUUCUUAUUUAUAAAAUACACCAUUUUGUUC